UUAGCUGUCCCUUUUCCACCAACACAUCGCUUGACAUCUGAAGAAGUGUUUGACACAGAUGGUAGACCAAGGGUUGACAUUUUGAAGAACCACUUGAUAAAAGAAGGUCGAGUGGAUGAAGAAAUUGCACUUAGAAUUAUCAAUGAGGGUGCUGCAAUAUUACGGAGGGAAAAAACUAUGAUAGAAGUUGAAGCUCCAAUUACAGUGUGUGGUGAUAUUCAUGGCCAGUUCUUUGAUCUAAUGAAGCUGUUUGAAGUGGGAGGAUCACCUGCUAACACAAGAUACCUCUUCCUCGGUGACUAUGUAGACAGAGGUUAUUUUAGUAUAGAGUGUGUGCUGUACUUAUGGGUCCUGAAAAUUCUCUACCCAAGCACGUUAUUUCUUUUGAGAGGCAACCAUGAAUGCAGACACCUAACAGAGUAUUUUACGUUUAAGCAAGAAUGUAAAAUAAAGUACUCGGAAAGAGUCUAUGAUGCUUGUAUGGAAGCUUUUGAUUGUCUCCCUCUUGCUGCUCUUCUAAAUCAACAGUUUCUUUGUGUUCAUGGUGGACUUUCACCAGAAAUUAAUACACUAGAUGACAUUAGGAGAUUAGAUAGAUUCAAAGAGCCUCCAGCAUUUGGACCAAUGUGUGACUUGUUGUGGUCAGAUCCUUCAGAAGAUUUUGGAAAUGAGAAUUCACAAGAGCACUUCAGUCACAAUACAGUCAGAGGAUGCUCGUACUUUUAUAGCUAUCCAGCAGUUUGUGAAUUUUUGCAAAAUAAUAAUUUGUUGUCAAUUAUUAGAGCACAUGAAGCACAAGAUGCAGGUUAUAGAAUGUACAGGAAAAGUCAAACUACAGGGUUCCCAUCAUUAAUAACAAUUUUUUCAGCACCUAAUUACCUGGAUGUCUACAAUAAUAAAGCUGCUGUAUUAAAAUAUGAAAACAAUGUGAUGAAUAUUCGUCAGUUCAAUUGUUCUCCUCAUCCUUACUGGCUACCAAAUUUUAUGGAUGUUUUCACGUGGUCUUUGCCAUUUGUUGGAGAAAAAGUAACAGAAAUGUUGGUGAAUGUUUUGAGCAUUUGCUCUGAUGAUGAACUGAUGACAGAGGGAGAAGAUCAAUUUGACGUAGGUACAGCUGCCGCACGGAAAGAAAUAAUCAGAAACAAAAUUCGUGCAAUUGGCAAGAUGGCAAGAGUCUUCUCUGUUCUCAGGGAGGAGAGCGAAAGCGUGCUGACACUCAAGGGUUUGACUCCCACGGGAAUGCUGCCCAGCGGAGUGCUGGCCGGAGGACGGCAGACCCUGCAAAGUGCAAUACGAGGAUUCUCUCCGCAACAUAAAAUCUGCAGUUUUGAAGAAGCAAAAGGUUUGGAUAGGAUCAAUGAGAGAAUGCCACCGCGGAAAGAUGCUCUGCAGCAAGAUGGCAUUAACACUCUAAACACCACCAAUGCCAAUGGAAACAGCGGGACUGGCAACAACAACGCCCAGUGACCCCCUCGGCUCCUGGUUCCCUCCCUCAUGUCUCGCCCGAGAACUCCUGGACUCUGGCUUUUUGACGGGACAACAGGCGGAACGGCCAGGGGGGAUCGCCGCUCGCAGUGACUUCUCGCUACGAGGUGAAGAGCAUCCGGCUCGCCGGAGAAAGGCCGUCACGCUUUUGGGACGACGGCCCCUCUCUGCGCGCGGGGAGCCGACCCCC